UGCGCAGUAUAAGGUCUCCUCGCUGCCACGAGAUGUAUUAUGGGAAAGUUUCGUCAGCGGAAGUGGAUGUAAACAUGUCAAUCGGAGCGUUUGGUUCAGUUUUGCGGCUGUGAAAAUCAGUGUCCAUGGCAUCCAAACAGCCAUUUACAGAUUCUGACACUGCUGAUGAAGCAGUCAGAGCAACUUGCGACGAUGCAUCGACAUGCAAAAGAUUUGCUACCAGUAAAGGUUACUGGACUGACCUCUACGUCCAGUAUUUUGUGAGACAAAUAGGUGAACGUAAAGCACCUGAGAUCAACAGAGGUUAUUAUGGUCGUGUCAGAGGGAUGAAUCUUCUUAUCGAUGCCUUUCUCAAGAAGACGCGAUGUGAUUGCCAGGUGGUCAAUCUUGGGGCAGGACUGGAUACUACUUUUUGGAGAUUAAAGGAUGAAAACAUAAUGCCGAAAAAGUUCUUCGAAGUCGACUUCCCAAUGAUUGUUGCUAGAAAAAUACACCACAUCAAGACAAAACCUCCACUAUCAAAACCUUUGAUUGAGACCCACUCCACUGAUUCGCUCCUCCUGGAGGGUCACAGCCUGGACUCGGACAGAUAUUGUAUCAUCGGUGCUGAUCUAAGAGACCUUCCUGCUUUAGAGGAGAAACUAAAAAAGUUCCAGAUAAAUCCAGUGUUGCCCACACUGUUUCUGUCCGAGUGUGUACUGGUGUACAUGACCCCUGAGAAGUCCUCUAAACUGCUGAACUGGGUCGCACACACCUUCCCCACAGCCAUGUUCAUUAACUACGAGCAGGUGAACAUGAAUGAUCGCUUCGGGCAGAUCAUGAUUGAGAAUCUGCAGAGACGACAGUGUAAUCUUGCUGGGGUGGAUGUGUGUCAGUCUCUGGACUCUCAAAAGGAGCGCUUUCUGUCAGCAGGCUGGGAAAGUGUAAAGGCACUGGGCAUGAUGACGGUCUACAGCAUGCUUCCUCAGGAAGAUGUAGCUAGAAUUGAGCAUCUAGAAUUUUUAGAUGAAAAGGAACUUCUCCACCAGCUUCUCCAACACUACUGCAUCUGCUGGGCUGUAAAAGAUAAGCUCAGUCUAGGCCUCUCGCAAAUUGGGUUUUAAACUUCAAUAGAGACUUGGUUGUAAAUGUUUCAUUUGAGACGACAUCACUAAGAGUGGACAGGACGCUCUUCUUGUUCUUGGCGCUUUUCAGAGGACAGGAAGGGGAAGUCAUUUAUAUCUUUAAUUCCAUUUUUGAGCACAAUAAAAAUGGAGACUACUGGCAUCAGCGUCUUUUCUUCUGUUUUACUUGUCUCUUCUGUCUCCCAUGUGACCGACGGGUCUCACUAAAGUGUCAUAUUAAUUCAGGCAUGUUUUACAAAUGUAAAGCAAAGCUGCUGUUAAACAGUUUUUGUUAGCUGUAUGAAUAGUAAUGGGUUUUUGUAAAAGCACUGAAUAUUCAUGAACGGUAAUGAUGAAUAAAGACAAUUAAGAGUAUAAAA